ACAGGCAUAUCUAGCCCCCGCGCCCUGGGAUGGCUUCCCCACUCCGCGGCAUCACCGGAAAUCACGCUCAUCUUCCAUCCCCAUCCAUUCUUCCGGCCGCCGGCCGCCCGAGAUCACGCACGCCGCCAAUGCAUCAGCUCGGACCCCGUCCCCUCCUCUCUCUUCGACACCCCCUUCUUCUCCUCUCUCCUGCGGGCUGCUGCCCACUCGCCUCCUCCCCUCCCCCCACCCACGCUGGAGCGAAUCCGGACGGCUCGCACCGCCGACGUCCCCGAGGGCCCUCACCGCCGCCGUGCUCCCGACUCUCCCCGCACUCGCCGAGGCCUCCUCCUCCAAGCCCAACGAGCGGAUUCCCCCUGCAGUCGACCUCGGAGGCGACGCCGCGCCCCACGGGGUCCUUCUCGACGCCGCCGCGACGUCCUCGACGCCAUCGCCGCCACUGCCGCGCCACGACGUCCUCGGGGUCCUCCUCGCCGUCAUCGUCGCCGAAGCCGACAGCCACCGUGCCGCGCCCCGUUGUGUCCUCCUCGCCGUCGCCCCCCGUCUGCCUCGACGGCUUCGAGCCCACCGCCACCAUGCACAUCACGCCGGGCAUCGGGAUGGAGAUCCCCAUCUGGGCGAUGGCGCGGGCCGGGUGCCAGGUGAAGAUCGUGGUCGCCGACUGGUUUGCGCUUUGUUCCGAUGGUUUGCUUUUUUGUUCAUGUUGGCAGACUUAUCCUAAUCCGUUACAAGACCAUCGAGCCUAUUCAACUGUCAAGUAUGGCCUGCCUUGCCUAUCCUAAAUUGUCUGCUGCUUUCAGUUGUUUUAUUCAGUUCUGUGCAUUGGUAGCUCUGCAAUAUGUUAAGAUGAAAAUGCCAGGCAGUACUUCGUCAAUGAAGAUGAUACUGUACCGCAAAAGGUGGCUGUUCAGAAGAACAGUCGGCGUGGCGUCCACUUCCGUCAUGCUGGGCCUCGUUAGAGGAUUUAUUUUGGUCCCGAUGAAGUAAAAGCCUGCAUUCUAACUUGUGGAGGCCUCUGCCCUGGGCUUAACACUGUUAUCAGAGAAUUGGUGUGUAGCUUGUCACACAUGUACAAUGUCAGCAGCGUCUUUGGAAUACAGAAUGGAUACAAAGGGUUUUAUUCUAGCAACUAUCUUCCCCUGACACCGAAUAGUGUCAACGACAUCCACAAAAGGGGUGGUACAAUUCUUGGGACAUCACGAGGUGGUCAUGAUAUAAAGAAGAUUGUUGAUAACAUUCAAGAUCAUGGAAUUAAUCAGGUGUAUAUCAUUGGAGGAGAUCGAACUCAGAAGGGAGCAUACGAGAUAUUCAAGGAAAUCCGAAAACGUGGCCUGAAAGUUUCUGUGGCCGGAGUCCCCAAGACAAUUGAUAAUGACAUUGCGUUGUCAAUGGAAACUAUGCAGGCACAAGCUGUUGCUGAUGGGCAGACACCAUUGCCAAGUGCUGAGGUUGUUUCCAAGGUCUUGUCGCAAUGCAGCUCCAACAACACAUUCUUGAAAAAUGCAGGUCUAUCCACUCCUUCCUCGAAGUCUUCUCCAGCUCGUGAAGCGGCGCUACGCCGACAACUUAAUGCUCAAAAACAAAGUUCAGCUGUUCUCCAUGAUCACCUAGAAGAACUAAAGAAGAAGACAGUAGCAGCAGUUCUCGGAAUAAAAAUGUCGUUUCAUUGGUUCUGUUAUGAAAUGGAUCUGCAUGAACGUCAACAUGUAAUGGUUUCGGACAUGUGGCGGUCCGAAACGGGCAUUCUCGAGAACAAGAAACGGAUGCGUGGUCCAAUAAGAAACUGAUGGUCCAAAAGGGAACAGACACGUAUAUACCGGACACGACACGUAGAGAGGACACGUGGUCCAAUAGGAAUAUGGCUCCUGACAGAACCUCAAGGCGACACGAGGCCGAACAGAAAUUUGCCACGUUGAUGCCACGUGUCCCUACCAGAAAGGCGCACGUGGCAGUGUGAAAAAAUGACAUGUUGACAAACAGAAGACGACACGUGGGACAAUAACAAAGUGGCACGUGGAACCAUACGGAGACACCGCGCGUCCAAACUCGGCACCGACACGUGUCACAACAAGAUGGCGACAUGUGGAAAAGUACGGAAGCGGCACGUGUCACAGACCAGACGGCGACACGUGGCGAAACUCAGUGGGGACACGUGGACGUGUGUCAAUGCCGCAUGUCAGAAUGGGGCGGCGACAUGUGGCUACACUGUUUUGUGCCACGUAGGCAAAUAACCAGAGGACACGUGUCACAAAUCUGGACGGGACAGGUGGCCGAUCCCUCAAGUGAAAAGUGGACAAGCAGGAAAGCGACACAUGGCCGAACCAGGAUACUCCUGACAGGUGGACACGUGUUGUUCUACUAGCCCGCCUCGUGUCUGUCCGUUGCCGAAAUGGGCUGCUGGCACAGCACCUAACGGCACUGAUGGCGUUGACGUCGUUGACGGGGACACAUGGAUCCGGAUAUCCGGUGACGUUUUUGGGGCGCGUCGCCAAAGCAAAAACGGUUAGGUGAUGUAAGUUCCUUCGUCACCGAAAAAACCAGUUUCAUGAUGUUUUUCGCGUUCCAUCAUUGUGGAACAAACUUGACGCGUCUUGACGCGGCUUUCACGACGUAUCAAAUUUUGUCAUUAAUUCAUCACCAAACUUUCUUUACGACGAAUUUUGGCCCUUCAAUGACGAAUGUCGUUUGUCACCGAUGCAUCAUUUUGCACUAGUGGGGUAUUUUAGUCCCGGUUGUUACAAUCAGGACCUCGUUGUCCCUAUUGGAAAACCGGGACUAAAGGGGUUCCCGGACCGGGACAAAGAAGUUUCUCUGUACUAGUGAUAGCUGCAUCUGGCCAUCAACCAUUGAGGUUCGUGAUUCCCCUAUAGAUGCCCAGUAAAAACAAUUUAUUUGUUUAGAUCACUAGGCCUUCAGUGUCCUUACGUUCUUGCAAAUGCAUCAUCCAAUUUAAUAUUGUGUUUUUUCAGACUAUAUGAAAAUCAUGGUUUUCCUAUGGUAAAAUUGUCCAAUAAAUCACUCAGGCUUUGUAGAUCGUUGAACUAGUCUGGUUUUUCAGAUGUAGAAUGAAGGAUUAGUGGAACAGAUAAUCUUCAUGUACCUGGCUGUACAGAUUUUAGGUACCAAAUAAAUAUUUGAAUGCUUGCUCCUACUGUAAAUUAACAGCAUGCAUACACAGUUUUCGUAAUUUACUAGACCUUCAUUGAUGUUGCACUGUGGUAAACUAACCAUAUAAUAUACUUCGUUUUUUAAUCAUCUCAAUAUCACCACGGUCGGCAGCUGUGAGUGAUUUAUUUUGAUUUGGAUUCAAAGUAGCAUGAAACUAAAAUAUCAAUUACGUCGGAACCUGAAUGUUAGUAAAUUCAUGAGUUCAUAUUUCAAGAAUUUGCUUUCUACCAAACCAUAGUCAGAAACUUAUGUCGACCACCUUGUUGUUUUCAGUAAUUUUGACAUAUAAAGUAUGUGGUAAAUUAACUAUAUACUUUACUAGUUUUAUAAUUACUUGGUACUAUGAAACAAUGCUCAUCAUUGCAGCCACCAAAUUAUUUUGGUAACUUGGACGACCCCCCCCCCCCUUCUGAACACUAUUUACAAUAGCCCAAUCUAUCUCAUUAUGUUUAUUUCAUCCGACUUGUCUUUGUCGUUGGGCGGUGAAGGCAGAUUCGGGAAUAGGGAUUAAUGUUGUAAUACUUCUUUCGAGCUUUAUUACCUAUUUGUUGACCUGAAUAAUUAAUAUUAGACAAUGAGACAUGGGGAAAUACCAAGCAGCAUCACUAGGGCACCAACAUUUGAAAGCAGGAUUGGUAAGGCACCAUGCCCCUACUACUGUGUGUCUGUGUAUCGAUCCAAAGACACGGUGCCAAAUACCCUCCUUGGGCACUCCGCCGUUGCAGCCGGAACUUAUGGCCUGGCAUCAGUAUUGGCUGCAACAACAGCCGAUACUUAUGGCCUGGAUCCAAUGGCCCGUUUUCUAGCAGUAUGGUGUGGGUGUGGCAUGUGAGCCCCUAUGACGCCUUUUCAUGGCCUCCAUUGUCAUGGAGCGGUGAUGAGAUGUGGGGGAGGGGGGCAUCAUCCAUGGGAGAGGAGGAAGACAAAUAGAGAAUAGAGAGGCUGGCAAGCAUGGUCUGUAUAUCAGGGUGGGCUAGUUAGUGUGGGGGACAUGGAUCCGCCAAACAGCAGAGGGAGAGGAGGGCACCUAAGAUACCUAAAAUGUGAGCCAGUGUCAAGAGCUCCCAAGAGAGCCCCCUUUUGACCCCUUGGGUCUCCUAUAUAUAGGAGGGGAGGGAAGUGGCAAUUUGUGCCCAGCACCCUAGUAAAUACAAUAUUUACAAAUAGACCAUGAGGUCACAUGAGGCCCAUUUACAACAUGGGUUGGCCCAUUCCUCCAACAGUUAGCUGUCCUCCAUGUGGAGGCCUGGUGCGAGAGAACAAGAGAAAAGAUAGACUAGGGAGGCAGUGGGUGGUGGGGACGGCUUUGUGAAUCUGCCAAGUAUAUGUUAGGUGUUAGGCAUUUUAUAUUUUUUACGAGAGACAAUUUCCUAUUUGACACCGUUGAAGUGUUACUGGUUUCUUUCUUUUCCCUCUAAAAGUUUUCAUUCCCUAUGUGGCCAUGAUUUCAACUUUCCCCAAUUUGACCCUCUAUCCAUUUAUCCAUCCAUCCACAGAUAAAUGGAUGUGAAAAAGACCAUUUUGCCCCCCUUUGAAGGAGGUGGGCCCCCACCACAUUUAUGUUACUAAUUUGGAAUUAGAAGGGACUAAAACAGGGCUAACUCUAGGUUUGACCAAAUUUUCAUUUUCAUAUAUGAGCCACACACAAAAAAUAAAAAAUGAAUUGUUUUAAAUAUUUCACAAAUUUGGCACAUUUAACAUUACUCUACAUUUGAGGAGGGUUAUACAGACGAUGCAGUGAAUUCGAAAUGUAGAGGGUGAAGUGGGGUGUGCGUGCGUGCAUUCAUAGGGCGAGAAUGCAUGCUUGUAUAUUAGCGUUCGCACUUGGUCCGUGUGUUCACAGAUGAAAAUUAAAGCGCACAUCCUAAUAAGCUUUAGAUGAAGUAACCUAGGCAUUCUGUUCUUUUGAUUCAACUGUGGCAGAUUGUUGAAUGUGGAAACUGAAAAAAAAUCAAUCAGGUGAUGCAUAUAUAGCAUCUCCCAUGAGUUUUGAAUUCGAGGUUUCAUCACCUGCUUAUAAAUUCAGUAGGAUUUGGUUCUCAAGGGCAGUUCUGAUGUGAUUUAAAUUUGUUUGCAUGCUGAAACCUAAUUAACUAUGGGCGAGGGCAAAGACGUAAAGUUGACAUUGCGCCGGCCGCCGGGUUGUCACCGCGCGAUCGCUUGCUCCCUUUCCUUAAUUUCUUUGCGCGAUCUGGAUCUGGUGGUGCCCUCGCCCCCGUCGCCUCCACACACAACACGUAUCGCAAGCAAACCCCCACCGCUCCAAUGCCGCCGAAGCGCCGCCUCAUCUUCUCGUCCUCCUCCUCGGGCAACAGCCCUCCGAUCCGGGCGCCGGCGCAUCAGGGACGCGACGGCGAGGAGACGGAAGUGGAGGACAGCGGUGAUCAGGUCAGGCACUCCGAUGACCUGGGGUAGAAUAAUACGGUGCUGCCGCCGCCGCCGCUGCCUGCACAAGGAGGAAGGGAGGGACCCAAGUCCGAUGGCAAGUUGUUCAUGCCGAGGAAGAAGGCCAAGUCGCCCCCUCGCAAGACGGGGCCAACAGCUGAGGGUGAGCUUACCAAGCCGGCUCCGUCCAAGACCAAGAUGUCGCCGGAAGCUCACCUUACCAAGUGCCCCCAGACGCAAACGGCCACAGCUACAGUGGCCAAGCACGCCAAGUCGCCAGCGGCUGCGAAGCAGCUCACCAAACCGCCUCUGCCGAAGAAGGCCGAUGCUCCGGCGGCAACGACGACAGAGAUCGCCAACCAGGUGCAGGUGGUGGUCCUGGACAACGCGGAGAAGCACCUGGCGGAGAAGAGCGCGAGGUACUGGUACCUCAAGCGGGAGUUGCAGGCACUGGAAGCAGACCUCAAGCAGCCAGGCAUGUUCGAUGCCGCCUUCCUCAAGAUUGCUGACGCCAAGGCCACCGAGCUGGACAACCAGAUCAAGGCACACAAGGUGGCCGAGAUGGAGGUGCUUAACAACCGCUGGGUCAUCAAGAAGGAGGUCACCACGGCGUUGUUCGACUCGAUGAACUGAUCACGCAGGUUGUCGAUUCACUGAUCUCCUCCUUCCUCAACUGUCAUGUGGGGGAAGCACUACGUGCGGCGUCCAAAGAAGGUGGCUGGUUGAGCCACGGAUAUCUCUCUAGUCGGUUUUCAGGAUUAGAUUUGGUUGUUAGAUUGAUUAGUUCGGUUAGUCAGAGGUUUGGAUAAAGUUUGUUAGUUUGAUGGGCUUUGUUGGCAGGAGUCAGCGUUGGGCAUAUAUACCCGGCGAUGUAAUCUGAACAACUCAAGCAAUGAGAAUACUUUCCCUUCUAUC